AUGCUUUCGAUUCUCGUUCAGAGAAAAAAUGAAGACAAAUUUGGUUUUAAAUCUAAUUCCUUCCACGAACAAUCACAGGUUGAAGAAGAAGAAAGUGAUCACAAGGCUGCUCGUUUCUUCUCCUCAUCUCCAAAGCAAACUCCGUAUAUGGUACUUGUAGGUGAUAAAGUAGGAGAGUCUCCAGAAGCUGAAAACAUCAUCAUGAGUUUCAAGUUGUUUGAUCUGAGUAAGGAAGAGAUCAUCGAAGUUAUCCACAAGUCAUUUCCAAAGUUGUUGUACCAAGAUUCAAGAGUCAUUGGAAGCUCGCGUGGCUGGAUAGCUUUUAUGAGCAAACAUGAUGGAACCGUACAUCUAAGCGACGUGUUCAAUCUCGGGUCCCUUAGAGUCAUUACUCUGCCUCCUCUUCCUGAUCCUAUGUAUGAUCCUUCCAGAGUCAUCAUAAAUGUCUCCUUAUCCUAUCCCCCAGACCAAGAAGACGAUUAUGUAGUGUACAUCAAGUUCUUAUGCUCCGAUAUAUAUCUCUGUAGGCCUAAUCACCACUCGCAAUGGGUUGGAUGCGAUGGUAACGAGAUCCACACGACGGCCUCUGAUAUCGUUUAUUCCCCAAGAAACCAGAUGUUGUUCCUCGUGAUAAUGGGAGCAAGUUUCUUGUGUUCUUUUGAUCUCAACAUGAACAAAAAGUAUACGAGGUUGCAUUUGAGAAAUAUCCCAAUGAUGCCACAGUCCGAGUGGGAGUUGUUGGCUAUGUGUAUCAAGAUAGAGCACUUGGUUGAGUCCCCCGGUGGCAGAAUUUUUGUUGUUAAGCAGUAUGUGGAGACAUACGACCAAGGAGACAAGGAGGUUAUAUUCAACAAAACCAAGAGAUUCAUGGUGUUUAAGCUAAAUACAAAAGCAACGGAUGGAGAGAUUGCCGCUUAUUACACUGAAGACAUUGGAGAUCUCUGCAUUUUCUUUGGCAACAAUGAGACAUUAUGUCUUGAGGCAAGCAAUAAUCCUGGACUGAAGCCUAACUAUAUAUAUUACAUUGGAUAUGGCCUUGGUUUUUACGACAUGAGUUCCCAAAAAGUACACCACUUUACAUCAUCUAUGCCUCUAAAUUGGCCUCUUUAUCUCCUACCCGGUCUUAUCUAA